GUGCCCGUUUGUUGAUACCGGACUGCUGGGACGUUACUUGACAGCUAAUUGGGGCCCACAAACGCCGGCUCCACGUGAACUUAAUCGCGGAAGCUCCAAUUUUGCGAUAAGCGCCCGAUUUGCAUAAUCGUCUCCCCCAAGACCCAGAACCGUCUCCAGCUUCACAAGUUUAGUGCAGGCCGCGAUAGAGCGAAAACAACAAGUGCAGGGUCACACGGUCAAUUGCAAAAUAUGCUGCAGCGCAGAUAAGGCUCGUCAUCUCCCGCAGCGCCUACGGAGCAUUUUGUUUUUCUACGUUUUCCGCGGUGACCCCGAAACCAGGCACCGAGAAGGGCCUCCCCGCGCGCGAGUGGGCUGAGGAGCUGCUCUUGUUUUCGAACUACAUUUUCAUUUUGCAAGUGAACCGCGGAACUUCGUCAGCCUUGCAAGUGUUGACUGGGAAGUAAAGUCGUCGUUUUGAGAAGAAAGUAAUUCGCACGAGACGUGAUUUGUCUGUUACGUGAUUGUUGUUGCACGUGGGAAGAGAAAUAGAUAGUCUGCAGUCCCCUGGAAAUUUGGAAGCCAACCAAGAUGACUAUCGUCAGAUUCUACGCUCUGGACGCCUUCGACGAGCGGAAAACGGAUUGCAUCCUGCAGAACAUCAAGAAGGUCAAUCAUGAAGCGAAAUCCCUUCGCACCGAACGAUGCUACCACAUCGAGCUACAAGACGAUUCCAAACUGAACGAGCGAAUGGAAAAAAUCCUUCGUUGGCUCUUGAAAAACAUCCAACAAGCAGAUAAUCUGAAGAUCACAUCAUCCCUUCCGUCUGAAAACGAGCAUUCCAAAGUAAUCGAGAUCGGUCCACGUUUCAACUUCUCCACCCCAUUCUCAACCAAUUGCGUUAACAUCUGCCAAAAUAUUUUGCUCAAGGAAGUGAGGAGAGUGGAAGUGUCCACGAAGUAUUACAUCACCUUCUCGGAAGUACCAGCCAGUUUCGAUGCAAUUGUAGAUGUUCUGGGUGACAAAAUGACCGAAUGCCGAUACACAAAGGACAAUCUUCCUGUGAAUAGUUUUGAUGAAAGGCUCCCGAAAGCGGCGGAGAAGUGGCAUUUCGUUCCAGUCAUGGAGCAAGGUCGGAAAGCAUUGGAGGCUGUGAAUCAAGAAUUAGGACUUGCUUUUGGGGAAUGGGAUUUAAAUUUCUACACAAACCUCUUCCAAAACGUCCUUAAACGAGACCCGACCACAGUAGAACUCUUCGACUGUGCCCAGAGUAACAGUGAGCACUCCCGCCAUUGGUUCUUCAAAGGAAAAAUGAUUAUCGACGGAGUUGCUAGGCGACAAAGUCUCAUAGACAUGAUCAUCGACACACAGAGGACAACAAAUCCAAAUAAUACAAUAAAAUUUAGUGAUAAUAGCAGUGCCAUACUUGGUCAUAAAUACAAGACGUUGAGAGCUACGAAUUGCACGGGACCGGGACUGGUUGAAGUUGUCGAAACAGAAUCUGAUUUGAUUUUCACCGCGGAAACACACAACAUGCCUACCGCCGUGGCUCCAUUUAGUGGCGCGACCACAGGAACUGGUGGGAGAAUUCGAGAUGUUCAGGGAAUUGGACGGGGUGGUUUGACUAUAGCCGGGACGGCUGGGUAUUGUGUUGGCAAUUUGCAUAUUCCAGGCUACAAUCUAUCAUAUGAAGAUGCAAAUUUCAAAUACCCUCCCUCGUUUGCCAACCCCUUAAAAGUGAUAAUCGAAGCUAGCAACGGAGCAUCUGACUAUGGUAAUAAAUUCGGUGAGCCCGUCAUAACAGGAUUUGCGAUCUCAUAUGGUCAAAAAAAUGGAUCUGAUGAGCGUGAAGAGUACGUUAAGCCGAUCAUGUUCAGCGGAGGACUUGGAACGAUGGAUGUGAAUUUCAGGAAAAAGAUGGAUCCAGAGAAAGGCAAUCUCCUUGCGAAAAUUGGCGGGCCAGUUUAUCGGAUCGGCGUGGGAGGCGGUGCUGCGAGUUCAGUAGAGGUUCAAGGUGAUAACAACUCGGAAUUGGACUUUAAUGCUGUGCAGAGAGGUGACGCCGAGAUGGAAAACAAAUUGAAUCGAGUUAUUCGUGCUUGUAUCGAGUUAGGCAGCAAAAAUCCGAUUUUGGCAAUACAUGAUCAGGGAGCCGGAGGCAAUGGAAACGUCCUAAAGGAACUCGUCGAACCGGGCUAUGCAGGAGCAGUAAUCUUCUCAAAAGAAUUCCAACUAGGCGACCCAACCAUAACAGCCCUCGAGCUCUGGGGAGCGGAAUACCAAGAAAACGAUGCCAUACUUUGCCGACCGGAAGACAGACAACUCCUACAGGAAAUUUGUGAUCGUGAACGUUGUCCGAUUAGCUUCGUUGGUAUAGUAACAGGAAACGGAUACGUGACCCUAAUCGAAAACAGUACUGAUUUCGAAAAGUAUUCGAACCGUGAAAAACGCGACGAAUGGGGAAAAGUUCCAUUUGAUCUUCAUCUCAAGCAUGUUCUAGGUGAUAUGCCGAAAAGAGAGUAUCAGUUGACACGAAUUCCUACAAAUCUCAUCCCCUUGGGACUUGAAAAGAAAAUGAGCUACGAAGAACUCUUGGAAGGCGUCCUGAGCAUAAUGACCGUCGGAAGUAAACGUUUCUUAACUAACAAGGUAGAUCGCUGUGUGACUGGGCUUAUUGCACAGCAGCAAUGCGUUGGUCCGUUACACACGCCUCUUGCCGACUUUGCCGCCACUACUGUAUCCCAUUUCGAUCACAAAGGCAUCGCUACAUCAAUCGGAACGCAGCCGAUCAAAGGACUCAUCUGUGCUAAGGCUGCAGCGCGAAUGUCAGUCGCCGAAGCCGUCUCUAAUCUAGUUUUCAUCGGAAUCACAGAACUAGCUGAUGUAAAAUGCUCAGGGAAUUGGAUGUGGGCCGCCAAACUGCCUGGCGAGGGUGCAAAAUUAUACGAUGCUUGCCAGGAAAUGUGUAAAAUUAUGUCUGAGUUGAGUAUUGCUGUGGACGGUGGCAAGGAUUCGCUUUCAAUGGCUGCACGGGUUGAAGAUAAAACAAUAAAAUCUCCUGGAACUUUAGUAAUAUCGACUUACGCCCCUUGUCCUGAUGUUCGUGUGAAAGUUACCCCGGAUUUGAAAGCCCCAGCUAUGGGAACUACUGGAGAGUUGAUUUGGGUGAAUAUUGAAGGUGCCUUCCGACUAGGAGGAUCAGCUUUUGCACAGUCUAUAAAACAGCAAGGGCAGACCUGCCCGAAUCUAACAAAAUCAGAUGUUUUGAAAUCAGCUUUUGCUGCAACACAAAAACUUAUCAAAUCUGGUAAAAUACUGGCCGGUCAUGAUAUAAGCGAUGGAGGUCUUAUUGUCUGCCUUUUGGAAAUGGCCAUCGCAGGACUAUGUGGGCUUAAAAUUGAUCUAACUGAGACCUUGUCAACCAUCAAAGACAAAUGCGAAUGCGAUGGUGGGAAAAUCAAAGCGAUUGACAUGAUCAUUCUGUUCGCCGAAGAGUGCGGUUGGGUUUUAGAGGUGGAAAGCAGUGCCUUGUCUGACACUCUUAAAGAGUUCAAAAACUGCAACGUGUCAGCUUACCAUAUUGGACAGUCGGUUGGAAGCGGCUUGAAUUCGGAGGUGGAAAUCCUUAAUGGAACAGAAAAAUUGAUUUCCGGUUCGACCAAGCGCUUUUUGAAACAAUGGGAGCGAACUAGCUUUGAAAUUGAGAAGCUCCAAUCGAACCCAGACUGCGCAACCGAAGAGUUCGAAAGUUACGAAUAUCGAACAGGACCUUCGUAUCAAUGCUCUUUUGACCCCGAUGCAGAAAUAUUCCUCAAACAACACACAACCAAACCUCGAGUAGCAGUUUUGCGUGAAGAAGGCGUGAAUAGUGAUCGCGAAAUGAUUGCUACACUCGUAAAUGCCAAUUUCGAAGUGCAUGAUGUCUCCAUGUCGGAUCUUCUUCACGGAAAAACAGUUUUAGAUAAUUAUCGAGGCUUAGUCUUUCCAGGAGGUUUCAGUUACGCUGACACGUUGGGUUCUGCCAAGGGUUGGGCGGCGAAUAUUAUUUUUAGCGAAACGUUGGCCCCACAAUUCCGACAAUUUAAAAACAGGGAGGAUACCUUCUCGUUGGGUAUUUGCAACGGUUGCCAACUUAUGGGCAUGAUUGGAUGGAUCGGAGCCACUGGAGAUGAGUCGAACGACAGAGUCAUCGACGUUCCUAAUGUUGCGUUGCUGAAAAAUAAAUCCGAUCGAUUUGAAUGUCGUUGGAGCACCAUCAAAAUUGCUGAGAGUAAAUCAAUUAUGUUGAGAAAAAUGACCGGAUCGAUAAUAGGCUGCUGGGUGGCUCAUGGUGAAGGCAGAUUCUCGUUCAAAAAUGACGACGUUCGAAAUACGCUGAAGAACAGCAACUGCAUCUCGAUGUAUUACGUGGACGAUGAUGGUAGUCCAACGGAAAAGUAUCCAAUGAAUCCGAAUGGAAGUGUAGAUGGUAUCGCAGGACUUUGCUCGGCAGAUGGACGGCAUUUGGCCCUGAUGCCGCAUCCUGAACGUUGCAGUAAUAUGUUCCAGUGGCCAUACGUCCCGCACGGAUUCAAGGCUGAAAAGUCACCGUGGCAGAGGAUGUUCGAUGAAGCGUUCUUGUGGUGCAUGGAGUCCACUGAGCAUUGAUGUUAUCUAAGUGAAUCUCCCUAUCCGUACGCGCCUUUUCUUUGUCCUUUCCACACUUGUUAGAUUUCUAUGUUCUCUUAUCGAAGCUAAAACAAAAGACAAUUCUAAACAUUCUAUUUUUUUUGUAUUGCUUUUAAAACAACUAAAUAAAUACAAGUUUUCUACUGAA